AUGUUCUCAUCAGAUUUGUCCCCUCGAGGUAUACAUCAUCUAUGGUCAAACGAUAACAAUCACUCGUUAUUCAAUUCUUCACAACAUUCUACCAAUAAUUCAGAAACUAAACAUUACAAUAAAUUGUUUGCACCACCAUUGUCAUCAUACACAGCUGCGUUUCCAGGUCCAGAUCCAUUACAGUUGGAGUAUUUACAGAUAUUGCGUUCUGAUAAGCCGCAGCCAUCUUUUGAUGAUUUGUCCCUUUUGAUGCAAAUGAAAGAACAACGAUUGAUGAAAAUUAGAAAUACGGGUUAUUCCACGAUUAGACCAAUAGGUAUUGGGAAAACAAUGGAGGAAUUAGAUUAUGCACAGCGGGGAUACAGUAUGGUUGAGGAUAGUGCCAUGAACAACAAUGUCGCUGCUGAAAAUUCAAAUGAGGAAGAAAUGAGCACGUUGCCGUUAAAUCUUGCUGAACAAGAGGAAGUUGAUUUGGAUGCAGAGAUUCUCGAUGCGGAUGAGCUUCAAUCAGAUGACGACGAUGACGACGAUGAUAAUGAUGAUGACUUGAACUUGCAACAUAGUGAUGAUCAUGAUGGAUCUCAUCAUCUUCGAAGAAAUCAGGGCUAUAUUAUGGAUGAUGAAGGAUUUAUGGCUGCCGAAGUUGAGUAUCAAGAUGAUCACAGUUUGAACUCGGAAACAAACACCCACAUGUUGAUAAGUAGUGCUGUUACUGCAAGCGUUCUCCCAACCCAUACAACUGGUAAUCGCACCUCAACCACUAACCCCACAACUGCUCCUUCAUUUCAGACUUUGGAAGAACAACAUUUCGAUAAUGAAAACGAAUAUUCGGAGCAAGAUAUGCUUGUUGAUUAG